GAGCAACUGGCUCGAGCUUGUCUUUUUGGAUCAACAGCUUGAGCCGCCCAGAGUACCGUACCUGGUUCAGCUAAUCCAUUGAUCUGACACCUAUAUGUACGUGGGUCUGCGUUCAUGGACCGGGCGAUCGUCUCAUUGUUUCUCAGGGACGACGAAACAUACUGGACUGAACUGGACUGGACCCUCUUCUUCCCGCCGCAAGAAACGCUCUUCUGCUUUAGACCCUCACCAUCCUCUCGUCCAUAGAUUGGUGGAUCCCGCGAAGGAGAUUAGAGCCUCUCUCUCUGUGUGUCUCUGCCUUCCCCUCCCCUCCUCCCCCACCACCACCACCAUCACGUCUUCAAACUCCACGCCCAUUCUUCCCACACCUACACCCCCCGGCUGGCUCUUCGCAGCUCUCCCUCCCACGCUCCACUCCACCUCCACUAUCACGUACUCAGACCUCGAUACAUUCCUAUCUGGGGCUCUCUGUCUCUCCCAGCUGUUGUAUUGAUGACACUAUUUCCCCAAUUUGUGAGAAUAUACCUGUCCAUCACUCUUUAGGGGCGUCAUCUUCAUCUCCGUCCCCCUCCGUCCCACGAUAUAAUACUGCCUCGACUGCUCGUCUGUGGAACGCUUCCAUUAUCCCAUCAUUCUUCAUCUUACUUUUAACCGGACAACUCGCUCCCUCUUCAGAAACGAAUUCACCCCCUCUCUCGAACAACAGCGAGUAAGCAACAACAAUCAACAACAUACACACACUCUCACACAAUGAUGUCGCACUCGCACCUCUGGCAACAGGAGCAGGACCACUCCAUUGAGGGAAUCAUGGAGACCUUUGGUGGCCCCGAGACCAGCUUUAGCUUUGACGGUUCCAUGAGCUGCGGGACUACAACACCAAGCUUCUCUGCCGCCUCCUCUGUCUACGACCCCAACGGCCCCUUCACUCCUCGCUCUGGCCGCUCAACACCUCACGAUCACAGCCAGUCCAGCAUUGACUUCGACGCUUCCUUCUCCUCCCACAGCUCCUUCACCUUCGACCAUGCCCCAUCACAAGAUCACAAGGGUUACUUCCCCAAGCCCGACGAGGUGAAGAUCCAGAUGCCCAUGCAGUAUGCCUCAACACAUGUCACCCCCUCAAGGAGGCAGAGUGCAGGCUACGGCAUGGACCAUCUUGACUACAACACAAUGCUUCACGUUACCCUCAACUCCCACUGCAUGCCCGGCAUGUCCUCGCCUCACCCUCACCAGCAGCAACACCAGCACCAACAACAUCACCACCACCAUGCUGAGCAAUACUCUCUUCACCCGGAGCUGAGCUCAUCACCCUUCGUGAUGCCGACUCCCCACCGCGGCCUCCCGAGCUCCACACCCAGCAACGCUCACAUCUGGUCCUGCAGCAGCGAGAGCCCCAUCAUGAUGUUUGGCAAUGAGGCUACGCCCUCAACGUCGCCCCUUCAGGCCAUGCAUGGCGGCAACAGCAGCUCCGUCAAGCGCGAGACCACAGACUCCCCUAUCCCCCGCCUCACUCCCCCCUCAGCGGCUGCAUACCACCACCGCCAGGACCCCAGGCGCAAGCUCUUCGCUGAGGUCCAGCGCAAGACCCUCGCACUCCAGAAGAACCAGAACGACAUGGAGGCCCUGCGGCAACUGAGGUCCAUCCAGGUCAACCAGGAUGGCUCUGUCCUCGAGUGCGGCUCAAUGAAGGUCCGUCACGUGGCGCCUAGACGGGAGCGUUGCACAUAUCCCGACUGCACCAAGACUUUCAAGAGAAAGGAGCAUCUCAAGCGACACUUCAAGGCCACCCACGAAAAGGAGGUUGAGCUCUACACGUGCCCUGCAACAAAUUGCAACCACGUGUUCAAGGAGCGCCGCGACAACUUUGUCUCCCAUCUCCUUCUCCACAAGCAGGGCAAGAGCAGCAGGACGCCGUACAACGAAAAGGCCGCCAAGCUCUACGACGAGAUGUGCCUGCAGAGCAAGAGCCGCAAGCGCGUCAAGACGGGCACCAGCUCAAGCCCCAGCAGUAGCGGCAGCAACAAGAACUGAGAGAGAGAGAAACAUCAAAGUUUCUUACUCUAUCUCUACUGCUCUGCUGCUGGAGUGAGACACCUCGAGCCGGGGUGUUACGGGACGUUUCCUGGGGGCCACUGGGAACUCGAGAGCCACUCCGGCCGAGAAAGAGGGGCAGCGAGAAACGCCAAGUCGGGAUUUCCCAUGGCGAUAGGCUGCUUCUCUUUAUUUCCAAGACAAUUCCCAGGAUCCCCAACGAGGAUGCGAACGCCACUUCUCUGCAUGUUGCUCAUCCUUGCAACAUUGCUGCAACAAACACAAAUCUUUUUUGCCUUUCCAACCUGUAAUAAUUCUGUUGCACGAAACAUUGCCUUUUUUCUUGGGCGUACAUUUGGCAAACCGUUUGGGUGUAUUUUGUCACUUUUUGUUUAUUUCUACGUUACUUGUUUCUCUACUGUAUGGAUCAAACUGGGGAGGAUGCUUUUGCUUAUCAGAGAGAGACGCUUGGAAUUCCCAUCGGAGGUUGUCAACACAUCCCGCCAACCGUCCCUGCGCAACGACUUUACAUGCAUUUUUACGAUUGCCGCGGAGAAAUAUCAACCCACACACAAACACACUGCAACCUACACACACAAAAAACUCACAAGAUUUACAUAUAUUCUUAACGAUUGAAAAGACGUUCCAAAACGAAGUCGUAUGAGUACCAAUCAAAAACAUCGGCGGGAGUGGGAGAGAGAGAGGGGAAGGAGGAUACUAAAGGGAAGAUCCUGUCUCUGGCGCGAAAACUAGGAGUAGGGGAUACCGGGAAGGAGGCCAACUUUGUCUUACUUUU